CGCUCACCGGAAGCAGUCAGUGUGAAAGUAAAGCCAAACGGCAGUCGCUUGUUUCCAGCACAAACGCAGCUGAAUCUUUGAGCUAAAAUUAACUCGUUUAAUCGCCAGAACAAACUACAACUAGCAGAUAAAUCAGUUCUGGACAGCUGGGUUUAAAGAAAUCUGAGUGAGACCUUUGACUUGUGUAUUUCAGUUUUCUUUCAGGUACUGUUAUAUUUGAAUGGACGCAUUUCACAAAGUAAGACAAAACCAACCCGUGCGAGGUUCCAUCAUGCCUGUUAAAAAGAAAAGAAAGUCAUCUGGUUCUGAAGAUCCCAAUAUCAGAAAGUGUAAAAUCACCAGUUACUGUAGGACACAAACUUCAGGACGGCUGCUGAAUCCAGAGGAUCAUUUCUCUAGCAAAAAAUGUCUUGCCUGGUUUUAUGAAUAUGCAGGGUCAGAUGAUAUCGUUGGUCCAGAGAGCAUGGAGAAGUUUUGUGAGGACAUCGGUGUCGAGCCAGAAAAUAUUGUAAUGUUAGUUUUAGCCUGGAAACUUGAAGCAACAAAUAUGGGUUUUUUCACAAAAGAAGAAUGGCUUAAAGGAAUGACAUCACUACAAUGUGACUGUACAGAGAGAGUACAAGGCAAAUUGGAUUACAUGCGUUCUCAGCUGAAUGACCCUCUUAUAUUUAAGAACAUUUACAGAUACGCCUUUGACUUUGCCAGGGAUAAAGAUCAACGGAGUCUUGAUAUGGACACAGCAAAAUCCAUGUUGGCGCUGCUGCUUGGUAGGACAUGGCCUCUGUUCCCUGUGUUUCAUCAGUUCCUGGAGCAGUCUAAGUAUAAAGUCAUGAACAAGGACCAGUGGUACAACGUCUUAGAGUUUAGCCGUACAGUUAAUGCGGACCUCAGCAACUAUGAUGAAGAUGGAGCCUGGCCGGUGAUGUUGGAUGAAUUUGUGGAUUGGCAUAAAGCCAGAUCUGCAUUAUAGCACAACCGGGCCAAGAACUCGAGACCUCCGGAUGAGUUUGAAGAGUUUUUGUUUGCUCUCAAGGACUGCUGACCUCAACAUGUCCAACGCUGAACAGACACAGAGACUUUUACAGUGUUUAAACAGAUAAAGACAUUGAGAAUUCACAAAACAAAAUGGGAAAUAUUUUUCAUAUUCUUGCAACUGUUAUAUUUCCAGUGUUGUAUGUCUGAGAAGAGAAAGUCUGUUUGUAAUUUUUUCUUUUCGAGUUUUACUUUGUUUAUAGUGUUUUGAAAAUCAAAUAAAUAAAGCAGCUGUAUGUAAGUUGA